CACACCACACCACACCCCCACCACCACCAACACCUCCGCUCUCUCGCUUCACCCGCACAUUGUGCUCGACGGUUCCUCGGCUGUUGGGUAGGAGGACGUGCACGCGCAGCGCGCGCGUCGGCGAGCCGCCCCUCCCCCCCCGAGAAGCAUGUGAUGACUCACGCCAGGCAGAAGGGUUCCCCCGGGCCGAGCGACGGCCGCCCUCUUUGGCCACACGGCGGCGCCGCCGUCGCCAUGGCCGACGCCUGGACCGAGCGCUCGCUCCGAUUCGGGAGGACGAAGAAGAUCGCCGUCGAGGUCGUCAAGCAGAGGGGAGUCCCGGCCGAGAGGGCGGACGGCGAAAACGGGAGGACGGAAAAUAAAUCGCACCGCGAUAGAAAACCGGACCCGGGGCGCGACAAGAAACGGGACAGGAAGUCGUACCCGUUGCGCGGGCGGGCCGCGGGCUCGGGAGGGGAGGGGCUGAGCUGCCGCGUCCUCCUCACCCGAUUGGACGAGAGCGUCCGAGAGCGGAAGUGUUCCGGAGAGCGGGCGGCGCGACGCGAGGCGUCUCUCGGAGCCCAAACCCCGAAGUCCAAAAGCGUCAAAAGGAAAGAGGCGGAGCCUCGAGCGAGAAGCAAAUCAAAGUCGAGCAGCCCGAGUCGCGGCGAGAGCGCUCACGUGCCGCGACCUCGCAAGCGCCGCUUGGCCUCGCUCAACGCCGAGGCGGUGAACAGCCUGCUGCUCGAGAGAGCCAAUGAGUCUCAUUCGGCCGCCAAGCAGGCGAGGAGGCGGAGCCAGACCGCCGCCAGAGGGGCGUCCCCGGAUGCGAAGACAGCCGGGAGCGGCGGAGGUCUGAAGGCCUCGCGCGGAACCGGCGAACGGCGCCGAAGCUCCGAGAAGGUCAAGAAGGUCAACCGAGCGGAGAUGAGCCAGGAGAGUCUGGACGCCCCCGCCCCCAGGAGGUUAGCCGGACUCAACGCCGCCGCCCUGCUGAGGCUAACCAGCUCCUCCGCCACCAGCAAGCAGCGAGCGAAGAACGUACCCGCGGCGGACCGCAAGGCGGCGCGGCGCCACUCCGGGGUCAAACACAAGGCGCGCUCACAACAGCCGAGGGGGGGGGAGGCGGCCCCGCUGCACGGCGGCGGCGGCUGCACGGCCUGCGAGGAGAAGAAGAAGAAGAAGGCGGACUUUGAGCCCAAAGUGGAGUGGGACACCGGCGGCUGCACCCGGCGGCUCACCAAGCCGGGCUACCAGUCCCGCGGCGUGCUGGCGUUCCCCUUGAAGCAAGUGAAGGAAGAGCAGCUGGAGGCGGAGCUUAGCCCGUACUACUGCUGCCCCCCGGAGGGCUCGGUGGAGUACUGCCACCGCUUGGCGUUCUUCCUGGGCCGGCAGCCGUACGGGGGGCCGGACCGCCCCGCGCUCGCCGCGGCCAUGACCCCCGUGAAGGGCGAGUGCCUCGCGGCGUCGCCGCCGCCGCCGCAUUCCCACCCGCACGCGCACGCCGCCCUCACCCUCAGCCCCCACCCGUGCCUCUGCACCGCCGACCACUGCUUCUCCAGCUACUACGUGCACAUCGCCCACCCGACGACGCACGCCGGGACGACGGCGACUUCGGCGGCGGCGGCGAGCAUGGCCUCGCGACCUUUGAACUUUGCCCCCGCCGGUUUGUGCCCCAAUCGGACGACCGGCUCCAAGCUGCUGGGCCCGCCUCCCCGCCACGCCUACUGCAACUCGGUGGCGUCGGCGUGUUACGGCGACGCCUGCGGGAUCGGGGGCUACGCCUACAGAGCGGUGCCGCCGCCGGCGGCCAGCAGGGGGUGCUCCUUCAGCGCGGCGUGCGCCGGCUGCACACGGGCCGUCAAGACAGAGGGUUACUCUUCCUCGCCUCAGGCCGACCACAGCCCCUCCCGCCCGGCCCCCCCAGGGUCCCCGCCCGUGUCCGGCUGCCCUCUCUCCAGCGUGCCCACCUCCACCUCCACCCAGACGCGACCCCGCCCGCUGACCUCUCCGUCGGGGCGGGACCGGCCCCAGGCGGCCCGGUUGAAGCUGGCCCCCGAGCGGCCUCGGAGCGACGAGCCCGCCGUCGGAUCCCCGUCCGUGGGACGCUCGCCGCGGCCGCCGCAGAGACAACCGCCGCCGCCGCCGCCGUCCGUGCCGAGCAUCGCCGCCGCCAAACAAAAGAGAGUCGGCCGCAGACGAGCCACCAACGGGUGGAGGCCCGUCGGAGCGGCGACGGAGAGGGACGUCUUCAUCGCGGGCGAGGACGAGACGGCGCCCCGGCAGUGUUACGAGGGCGUGGAGCGGGACGGGGAGGUGAUCCACGUCAGAGACACGGUGCUGCUGCGAUCGGGCCCCAGGAAGAAAACCCUCCCCUACGUCGCCAAGAUAUCGGCCCUGUGGGACGACCCCAAAACAGGAGAGCUGAUGAUGAGUCUGUUCUGGUACUACCGACCCGAGCACACACAGGGAGGCCGAGAUCCAGGCGCACACUGUGAGAAUGAGAUUUUUGCCUCUCGGCAUCAGGAUGAAAACAGCGUCGCCUGCAUAGAAGACCGAUGCUACGUCCUCCCACUAGCCCAGUACUGUAGAUUUUGUGCCUUGGUGAAGCGGCGUGCCGAAGGCGCCGCCCCCCCCGGCGGCGCCCCCGUGGUGCCCUGCCGCCCCGACUUCGCCCCCCCCUCCCACCGCUGUGUGCCCACGGACGUCGACCCCGAGCUGGUGUACCUCUGCCGGCACGUCUACGACUUCCGCUUCGGACGCGUCCUGAAGAACCUGCAGUAGAGGGGCGGGCCUUGGGGGGGGGGGGGGGCUUUAAUCAUAACGUAGCUCCGCCUCCCGCACAGAGAGCGGCGGCGAGCUGAAGGACUACGCGCCACUGGUUUUGGAGAGACACAUAAUGAAGCACAGGUCCCUUUCGUUUGACUACAAAGGGACGCCAUGAAUCUCAAUAAGAGCAACUACAUUUCCUGUUUAGCUUGUGCCCCCCCCCCCCCACACACACACACACACACUGAAGUGUGCCACUGUCAGGGCGCCGUUUCCCCCUCAAAGCGUCUUAGCACAACAAUCAUGUUUGUUCCAUUUAUACGCCGACGGCUCAGGGGGGGGGGGUACCGGCGUUCAACAACCGGCCCGGGCUGCGUGGCGCCAUCUUGCGUCUCCUGAUUUGAGUGUGUGUGUGUGUGUGUGUGUGUGUGUGUGUGUGUGUGUGUGUGUGUGUGUGUGUGUGUGUUGCAGAUAACUGGAUGCGUGUGGCUACGUCGUGUGACGUGUUUUUCUUUUCGGAGGCUUUCAGGCAAUCAAACCAAAACAAGCCUCUCUCCCCCGCGUGACGCUGACGGAGGCGUUUUCAUCUCGAGGGGCGAACUGAAACACGCCGCACGUACCUGGAGGGAGUUUGUGAAACUGAGGAUCUAAAAACAUCUCAAAGCGGCUGUUUUUUUUAAUGAAUGAAAACACAUUUUUCAAACCAAACCUUUAUCUCGGGCCUCAGAAGCUCGUCUCACGGGCCGACGGAGGAGGCUGACGGGUUGGUCCACAGCUGCUCCCUGUGCCCUGCCUUGUGACUCGCAGGUCGAGAUCCAGGCAGCCGGCGUCGCCACACACACAUACACACACACACACACACACCUGGGAGGUGGUAGAGCAGGUGUGCUGUAGAUCCACUGGACAGACCGCUCAGGUUCAGCGUCAUCGUUUUAUCAAUUACGUGUCAGGAAAUUAUGAAAUUGCCUUUUUAAAAUAUAUAUAUAUGGUUUUCCCCCAACAGCCCCCCGAUGUUCAAGCAUCUUGUUUUCUUGUUCGACCAACAGUCCCGACACACAAAAGAUAUCCAGGUAAUUUACAUGUCGGACAAGGUGAAAGCGUGAAACGGCAUUUUAAAGGCAUUUAUUGGAGGAAAUGGAAUUUAAUAUGAAUUAAUAUUUUUCCUUCCGUUCAUAAUCACCUGACCAUGAGCCAGAUCUUGUGAAUUCAAUGGUUAUCAACACAGUGGCCCUUUGAGUUCCAGUUGCAGCUCUAAACUGGUUGGAAACACACGGUGAUGUGUAAUGAUACCACCCCCCCCGGCCCCCCCGCUCCUCCACCUGAAGACAAACCAAAGGAUGUCACGCAAGCCAGAGUCCCCGUCUCCUCCUCCCUCGUUCCCUUUACCGUAUUGCACUAAUCCAUUCCUCUAUUAUGUGUAUUUCAUUAUUUUGUCUUCUUCCAGAUACUAAUAUCCUGUGUGUGUGUGUGUGUGUUGCGUAGAGAAGGAAACAGUCAGGAUGUCAUUGCUGCUUUUUUGUUGUCAGUGUAUAUUUCUAGUCAUGUGACCUGAUGCACAACCCAUGGAAUAUAUAUGUGUGUCUAUGUAUAUAUAUUUAUAUAUAUAUAUAUAUAAUUAUUAUUUAUAUAUAUACAUAUAUAUAUAUUUAUAUAUAUUCAGGCCACACUCAUGCUUUGCCUUUUAACCUGCAAGUGUUUUACUGUCACUCAGAAAGAAGUAGCGUCGGAGUGUGUGUACCUGUUUUAAAUUAUUAUUAUGAUUUUUAAAUGUAAAGAGUACCUGAUGCUUUCCUGCAAACGCCCCGUUGUUCAACAUCGGUCGAGCCGAAACACCUGAAGCAUCAAAACUAAAUCAAAUCCUGAUAUUUGGAUGUUUUCUUCUUUUUUUUCUAUUAACGGCCAGAUUCUCCAUAUAAGUAAUAUAUAUAUAAUGUGUAUAUAUAUAUGUAUUAUCCUACUUUACAAUGUCUCCUUAUUAAGAAUAUUUUAUUAUGUCGGUUUUCCUAAGAUGGCAUAUGCAAUAUAUUUUUGGACGUACUAUUUUUUGAAGAAAAAAAAACUUCUCAAAGCAAAAAUGUUUUGGGGUUUUUAUUAAUUUUUUGGGGGGUUGGAAACGAGUUUGAAGUCAUUAUUAAUUGAGAUUUGACCAAAAUGCCAGAAAGAGGAGAAUGAAGGUGAAGAGGAGCUUCUCUCAUGAAGUGUACAUAUCUGAUCCAGGAAGCACCGGGCUCUCUCUCAACGAGUAUUUUUGCAAGAUCUGUAAUAAUUAUAUUUAAAGUAAGAAAAUAUUUAAAUGGGUUAAAACAAUACAAUAUAUUAAGAUUUCAAUUUAACUUAUUUAGAAAUACUGUGUCCGAUCUUGAUUCUAACUGUAUCCUGUGUCUUUGCGCCGCAGGAUGGACAUUUAUUUUGUGUUUAUUUGUAUUUUAUGAGUUUAGAAAUUAAAUGGUUGAGUGGU